AUGACUCAGUUCUACCAGCACAUCCUGGCCUUGGUAUUUGCUGUCAGCCAAAUCAAUGAAAACACUCAAAUCUUACCCAAUCUCACUCUGGGCUUCCACAUCUAUGAUGGCCAUUUCAGUGCAAGUUGGAUCUAUCUUGCCUCAAUGGAACUUCUCUCUAGACGGGGCAGACUCAUCUUGAAUUACAAGUGUGAUAUUGAGAACACUCCAGUAGCAGUCAUUGGGGGACCUAACGCUGAAUUCUGUUUCCAUAUGGCAACAGUACUGGAUAUCUACAAGAUGCCACAACUCAUCUAUGGCACUUUCCCAGUAAUCUCCAGUGUUUUCUUCCACUGGAUGUUCCCAGAUGUGGCUCACCAACAUAAUGGGAUUCUUCAGUUAUUGCUGCAUUUCAGGUGGUUGUGGAUUGGGUUGAUUACUCCACCUAAUGUGAACUUUGAACACAUUAUUUCCAUGUUUUCCUGGAAAGGAAUUUGCCUUGAUUUUAUUGAAAGAUUCCCAAAGCUGACCUUUUCCAAUGAGUUCAGUAAAAUGGUGGAAGAAAGUUUUCAAACAAUCAUCACUGUUAUGGGAAGUACUGCCAAUGCUGUGAUUGUACAUGGUGAAGUUCAUAGCAUUAUGGCAAUGAGAAUGCUACUCCAGUUUGCAGAUAUCGAGGACAUACCAAUGCAUACCGAAGCCAAAGUCUGGAUUAUGACAGCCCAGAUGGACUUCACAUCAUUUCCCUUUCAAAGAGGCUGGGACAUAACUUUCCUCCAUGGUGCUCUAUCCUUUGCAAUCCCUUCAAAGAAUCUUCCAGGAUUCUUUCUCCAGAUGAGAAACCCUACUUGGGAAAAAGAAGAUGGCUUUAUCAGAGUCUUCUGGGAAGAGGCAUUUAACUGUUCUUUCCCCAGUCCUUCUUUAGAGAUGAAAUACAAAGAAUUUUGCACUGGGGAAGAGAAGCUUGAGACCCUUCCUGAGAUGGUAUUUGAAAUGAGCAUGACUGCCCACAGCUACAGUAUCUACAAUGCAGUCUAUGCAAUGGCACAUGCUCUACAUGCUCUGCAUUCCUCCAGUUUCAAAGAAAGAACAACGGUGAAUGGAGAGAAAUGGGAACUUCUGAACCUACAGUCAUGGAAGCUCCACCUAUUUCUCAGAAAUGCCUCAUUUAACAAUGGUGCCGAAGAGCUGUCAUUUGAUGAAAAUGGGGAAUUAGCAUCUGGAUUUGACAUUGUCAACUGGGUCAUAUUCCCAAAUGAGUCCUUUCUUCGGAAAAAAGUUGGGAGACUAAACCUGAAGGUCCCCCUAGACAAGAGCCUCUCUCUUCAGGAUGAUGCUAUCGUGUGGCCCAGAAGGUUCAACCAGGUACGGCCUGUUUCUAUGUGUAAUGAGAAUUGCGAUUUAGGUUAUAGUCGGACCAAGAAAGAAGGAAAGCCAUUUUGCUGCUAUGAUUGCCUCCCAUGUCCAGAAGGGAAGAUUUCUGACAAGAAAGGUACUAAUAAAUAA